AUGUCCGCCUUCGCCUCCACUGUCAGGUCCAGCCUCGCCCGCGGCCUCUCGGCCCGCGUUGCUCAGCCGUCGAUGCUCUCCCGGGUUGCCACCGCGGCUCCCCGCAACUUCUCCGUCUGGGCGCCCAACAACAUGGUCCCUUCGGCCGUCAAGCCCGCCGAGCAGGCCAACCCCGGACCCCCGCCUCCGGUCGAGAACAUCGGUGUCGACGCUGUCCUGCGCCAGAACCCCAACAGCCCCGACAACCACACCACUACCAUCUUCCAAGAGUUCUCCCUAGAGGGCAAGACGGCCGUCAUCACUGGUGGCAACGGUGGUCUCGGUCUCGAGAUGGCCCUGGCCUACGUCGAGGCCGGCGCCCACGUCUACGCCAUCGACCUGCCCAAGGAGCCCUCGGAGGAGUUCAAGAUUGUCGCCGACCACUGCCGCAUCAUGAACCGCCACCUCAAGUACGUCUCGGCCACGGUCACUGACCACGAGGACAUCAACAACGUCAUGGACUUCAUUGUCAAGGACUCGGGCACCGACUCGCUCGACGUCUGCGUCGCCGCCGCCGGUAUCCUGCAGACCUACGCCGCGCUCGACUACCCCGCCGACGAGUUCCGCAAGGUGUUCGAGGUCAACACCACCGGUGUCUUCCUCACCGCCCAGGCCGCCGCCCGCAAGAUGCACGCCAACAAGAAUGUCUCGGGCUCCAUCAUCCUGAUUGCCUCGAUGUCCGGCUCGAUUGUCAACCGCGACCACCACUGGGUCGCCUACAACGCCUCCAAGUCGGCCGUCCUCCAGAUGGGCCGCAACCUCGCCGCCGAGUGGGGUCCCAAAGACAUCCGCGUCAACUGCAUCAGCCCCGGCCACAUCCGUACUCGCAUGACGGCCGCCUACCUCGACACGAACCCCCACCUCCUCGCCAAGUGGUCGAGCUCCAACCCCCUCGGCCGCCUGGGUCGCGCCCACGAGAUCCGCGGUGUCGCCGUCUGGCUCGCCUCGAGCGCCAGCUCGUUCUGCAACGGCUCCGACAUCAUCGUCUCGGGUGGUCACAACAUCUGGUAG